UCUAAAAAGCUUGGGAUAUUGCUACUGCAGUUCUAUAGCUUUAAACUCUUCUUUUAUUUAAGGGUAUCAGAGUAUAGGGGACUGAAUACAAAUGCCAUAUUUUUCACGUUUUAUUAGUGAAAUGUUUAUAUUUAUACACAUUUAUAUACUUUGUCUUACAGUCAUGUUGUAAACAUAAAAUCCUAUUAAAAUACAUUAAGUUUUUGGUUAAAAGAAGAUAAAAUGUCAAAAAGUUUAGGGUGUGUAAAUACUUAUUUAAGUUGCUAUAUAUAGGCUUUAGGCAUGGCAUAGGGAUUAAAAGGCAUACUCAAUGAUAGUUUAAUUGAACAGGUACGCAGACAUGUUUUUAUUUCUCUUUGUAAGAGCCACUCAAAUUCCACUUUGUUACUAUGUAGAAAGCAAUCACAUCUGUUUGUUGCCAGACAGAUAUCUCAAGCAAUCAAUUUAAUGACUGUCAGCUAAAUCCCUGGCAAUAAAACCUCAGCGGUUCAGAUGUAAAACAGCUCGUCUCUCUACGAAAAUGUCGCUUAUCAGUCAUCUUUACAGCCGCCUAGAUUCCCACACAUAUCCCAAAUCACCAGAGUGACGUCCGUUUGGUAAAAGCUCAACAUUAUUUCCAAAGAUAACAAAAGACAUUUACACAGGAAACACCUGCGGAAGGCGUAGUGGGAGGUGUAUAUAAGGGCUACUCAGGAUAGAUGUUGUCUGAAGAUGAACAACAUGAGAUCGUCACUCCAACUUGGUGUUCUGCUCUGUGUGUUGUGUGCAGCACACGUUCAGGCUCAGGAGAACAGGAACUCACUGAGGCUUUGUGGCCGGGCCCUUGUGCGAGCUUUGGUGUUCACCUGCGGUGGGUCCAGAUGGAGAAGACAACUGGAAGAGAAGGGGUUUCUGCCAGACGAGUUUUUGGCAGUAAACAGAGAAGAGCCAGACUUCCUGAAGACAGGAGAUGUUCCAGUGACAGAUUUUCAUCAGAGGGACCAGGACCAGGCCUUGAUAACAAUGUGCUGUCAACAAGGCUGCCAAAGACGUGAGCUGUCCAUGCUGUGCUAGAGGGGAAGAUCAUUUAUCUGAAACUGUCAUUUUAAAGUUGAAAUAUUUCAUUCAAAAAUCGUUUCCAUAAUGUUGUGAUUUACCUUGAAGCACAAAUAAAAAGCAUCAUGAA